AUGGCGGCGGCGGGGGGUGGGCUCCCUCCGGACGUCAAGUUCGAGCCCACGGACGACAAACUCGUCGCGCGCUACCUCCUCGCGCGCAUCGAAGGCAAGCCCCUCCCUCUCAGCGGCGUCAUCCUCGAGGCCGACCCCCUCAGCGCGCCGCCGUGGACGCUUCUUGCGGAUGUUGGGUUGGGCGACGCGGACGAGGCGUUCUUCUUCGCCGAGGCGCGGGCCAUGGACGGGAAGGGAGGCCGGCAGAAGAGGACAGUGGAGGGCGGGGGGUGCUGGAGGGCGCAGGGGAUGAUCGUCGACGGCGAGAGGCUGCUCGUCCCCGACAGCGGCGGGCUGGAGAUCGUGUGGUGCAAGAAAAUGCUCAGCUUCAUUCCGGACGGGGAGAAGGCCAGUUCGGGGUGGGUGAUGCACGAGUACGCCAUCACUGCCCCGCCCAAGCUCGCCUCGUCGCCGAUGCGGCUCUACCGCAUCCGGUUCAGCGGCCACGGAAAGAAGCGCAGGAGGGAACCGGAACGUCAUGGCGGCCAGGAAGGCGGCGGCGGGGAACAGGCUGCGCCGCGGCGCGCCGUGGAAGAGGAUGCUCUGCCGCCACAGCCCAUCCCUCCUCCCGCAGCCGUGGCGAGCUUUGACGAUCAGGGGUGCUCCGGUGUUCCUCCUGCUGCAGCGGUGGUCUCUGACGGCACCAAUCAGCACUCCUCCGGCGUCGUGGACGAUUCUUGGCCAGUGUCUGAUGAUCUUCCAGGGAAUGCUCCGAUCGAGGAGCACGUCCUACCGCCACUGCCUGGUCCUCCACCUCCCGCAGCCGUGGCGAGCUUUGCCGAUCAGGGGUGCUCCGGUGUUCCUCCUGCUGCAGCGGUGGUCUCUGACGGCACCAAUCAGCACUCCUCCGGCGUCGUGGGCGAUUCUUGGCCAGUGUCCGAUGAUCUUCCAGGGAAUGCUCCGACCGAGGAGCUCGUCCUACCGCCACUUCCUGGUCCUCCUCCUCCUCCUCCUCCUCCCGCGGUGGCGAGCUCCGAUGAAGACUUUGUUUCUCGCGGUGCCGACCAAGGCGGCUCCAGCGCUGUUCCUCCUCCCGAUCCUGCAGCGCCGAUCAGGGAUGGACAAGACGGCGCCGUCGCAGAGACUGCUCCUCCUGCAGAGGUGGCGAGCCUUGCCAUUGCCAAUGACGGUGGGCCUGUUUGGGGGAGCUUCUCCCGCUACCGCUUUUUUUUCCGGAAGCUGCUCUUGCCAGAAGUUAUCCCACACGGUGCACCAGCAGUACAGAUUCCGAGAAUCUAUAGUUAUAGAUUCUGGAAAAUGAACUUGUCUCUGACGGCGGAGAUCAGGCGUAAAUACUAA